ACUUGAAAAGAGGUAUAAGGUUCCUUCCAUGUUUGCUUGCUAGUUGGGCCAGCCAGUGGUAGAUCAGAUCAGAUCAGAUUAAUGCUCCAUAGCGGAGUUAUGGUGAAAGCAGAAGCACCUGAACUUUGAGUUUGAGAUCCCUAAGAUACGGUUACGAUUGCACUCAGCCAUGUACAGCGGCUCCAGCGACGGCGAAACACAUGAGAGGAAAAUCCCUCCGGCAUCCUCCAUGCUGUGGGUUCGUAAUCUACGCCGUUUCAUCGGAUCCGGUGCCGGUCUCGGAUCUGAAGCCUUGAUGGAGCUUGAAACAAAAAGAAUUUUGCUUGACAUUUUUAAAGAAAAGCAGAAGAAAAGCGCUGAAGCUGGUACAAUUCCAAGUUUCUACAAGAAGAAACCUGAGGAUGGAUCAAUCAGUCAUAGAGUCCAGAGAUUGGCAAAGUAUCGGUUUCUAAAGAAACAAUCAGAUCUUUUGCUGAAUGCUGAUGAUUUGGAUUCAAUGUGGGUAUGCUUACGAGAAAACUGUGUGAUUGAUGAUGCUACUGGUGCAGAAAAGAUGAAUUAUGAAGACUUUUGCCACAUUGCCUCUGUGUGUACUGAACAAAUAGGUCCCAAAUGCCGACGCUUUUUUAGUCCUUCAAACUUCAUGAAGUUUGAGAAAGAUGAGCAGGGAAGAAUUGCCAUUUUACCCUUUUACCUUUAUGUGAUGCGUACGGUUUCACUUACACAGGCAAGAAUUGAUAUGAGUGAGCUUGAUGAGGAUUCUGACGGUUUCCUUCAGCCACAUGAAAUGGAGGCCUAUAUACGAGGUCUUAUACCCAACUUGGCACAAUUACGUGAUAUGCCAGCAGCCUUUGUUCAAAUGUAUUGUCGUAUUGCUGCGCACAAAUUCUUCUUCUUUUGUGAUCCUAAUAGACGAGGAAAAGCCUGUAUCAAGAAAGUGUUGCUUAGUAAUUGUCUCCAGGAACUAAUGGAGCUUCACCAGGAAAGUGAAGAAGAAGUCACAGACACUGAACAAGCUGAAAACUGGUUCUCGUUGACUUCUGCUCAACGUAUAUGUGACAUGUUUCUUGCUCUUGAUAAAGAUGCAAAUGGGACAUUGAGCAAGCAGGAGCUUCGAGAAUAUGCAGAUGGGACUCUGACUGAGAUUUUUAUUGAGAGAGUGUACGAUGAACAUGUUCGCCGUGGAAAGAGUGGUGGUGGGAAUGCCCGGGAGAUGGAUUUUGAGAGUUUCUUGGACUUUGUUCUGGCUUUAGAGAACAAGGACACCCCAGAAGGCUUGACAUACUUGUUUCGGUGUCUUGAUCUUCAAGGGAGGGGUUACCUUACUACAGCUGAUAUUCACUCCCUUUUCAGAGAUGUACACCACAAAUGGAUUGAUGGUGGCAACUAUGAACUUUGUAUCGAAGAUGUAAGGGAUGAAAUCUGGGAUAUGGUUAAGCCAGCGGAUCCCCUCAAGAUAACAUUGGGUGAUCUACUGGCCUGCAAACAGGGCGGAACUGUAGCCAGCAUGCUCAUAGAUGUGCGUGGUUUCUGGGCUCAUGACAACAGAGAAAAUCUUCUCCAGGAAGAAGAAGAACCAGAGGAAGAAUAACUCUGGUCAGGGGCAUGCUAACAGAAAAUUGCUGCCUUAAAUACAUUUCAACUUGGAAUUCUGACAAGAUGUAACCGCUCAUGUGUUUGUGUCAUUAGAUGUGGAACUAGUUGUGUUUAUCUGCAUGUUAGCUGUGUAAACCUAAUAAGUUAAUGUAUCUAGCCAUUGUUCCGUUGUUCUAACAUAAACUUUAAUUUUACCAAGUUAUUAUUGGAUAUAAAGUAGUAAUAUUGUUU